GGUUUUGAGAGGUUUUGGCGAUCUCAGAAGCGAAAGAGAGGUGGGGGAGAGAGCGAGAAUGAGAGGAGAAGGGAAGGAAUAAAAAAAAUUAAUAAUUGUUGGGGAAAACGUUUUUUUGUGCGGAAUUGGGCGUUGAAGAGGCGGAAUUCGAGCGUUUAAUUGCGGAGGAUCUGGGAAUUUUGUGGAGGAAUUCUCCGAUCUGCUCUUUUCCGAGGUUCUUUGGGGGUUUUUUGGUGGAAUCAAGAGGGUUUUUGGACGAUCGGAGGGAAAGAUUGGGAUUUUCGACCAGGGUUUUGGUCGCCGAUCGGUUGCUAGAAGGAAUUUUAUGGAGAUGAACGUUAGAUUCCAAAAAAGUUUGAUUAGUUCGAUCUAAGAUUAGAUUUUCUAUUCAAAGACAGUUAAUGGAUAAGAUCAUCGUCUUCCUUGAUCGUUGCUGAAUUCCUUGUUGUUGUGAAUAAUUCGAGAUAUGGUGUUUCAAAAGAGGUCUGAUCAUGGAUCCUGCAGCUAUCGUGCACCAACGAUGCUACAUUUCCCGCAAUCAGCUAAGGGUAAACGAUCGGCUAGAAAGAAGUGCGACGACAAGAAGUCUGACGACAACAGCCCAAUGUUCUCGCUUGAGGCAUUCGAGCUCCUUGCCACAGUUGCUGGAAAACUAUUGACAGAGAAAGAGAGUUCUUCCAGUUCGGCUAACUUAACAAAUCAACCUAAUUUAACUGUUUCAAAGGAUGAUAUUAAGCAGGAGCGGUUUGAUGAAUUGAAGCCGUUAAUAGCCGAAUCUUUUGACCAGGUUAGCUCUAAUGAAAAGGAACUAAUAGUGAUUAGCUCCGAGUAUAAGGGAGAUGGACCAAAGACGCCGCCACAAUGCGAAGUAGGAAUUGUUAAAACUGAAAUGGAUGGUAGUUCUCCUGAAAUGUAUUGUUUGGUGGAUCGGAUGGAUUUGGAUGUAAAGCCUUCUAAUGGUUUAGUUAGCUCUGAUAGUAGCGCUGAAUUGCCUCUGUAUAGAGAUUGUGAUAAUCCUCAUUCGAGUUCCUUUUCGAAGCAUCAGGUUGGAAAGGAACUUGCUGUAAAUAGAGAUGAUGACGAAAAUUCUUCUGGCUGUAGAAGCAUCAUAAAUAGCAAGGCAUUUAAUCGUAGGAUGAGGAAAAUUUUAGCAUCCAAGUCUCGGAAAGUUGCUACUGAUCAGCUUCGUGACAGAGAGAUUUCUAACACUGAUGUAGAUUCGAAACCUGUCUUUUAUAAGAAGAGAAUGUUCUAUACUCGCCAAAGGACACAGAGGAGUACCUUCAAGAAGAGGAAGCUGUUUAAGAAUUGUUCUAUAUUGCCAUCUCAUGCAAAUGGCUGCAUCAAGAUCGAAGAAAGCGAUUUGCUUGAAACUUCUCAUGGAGCGAAGGGGGCAACUUCGUCCUCCAUGACACCUCAAAUACCAUCAUUUGAAUCAAAAGACGAUCAUGUGAAGCUAAGUAUCAAGUCUUUUAAGGUGCCUGAACUUUUUAUUGAGAUCCCUGAAACUGCUACUGUUGGAUCAUUGAAGAGAACAGUUAUGGAGGCCGUGACAGCUUUUCUCGGGGGUGGCCUAUCUGUCGGGGUUCUUCUAGAGGGAAAGAAGAUUAGAGAUGAUAACCGAACCCUAAAACAAGCUGGCAUUGCUCACAGCGGCCUUAAUAAUUUGGGCUUUACCUUGGAGCCCAACUCAGCACCAGAUCCGGUGGAACUCACAGUACAAGAAGAUGCCAAUUUCCUUGAUAGCAGCGAUGUUACUGAGCCAUUAGCGAGGAUUUUGCCUGAUGAAUGCCCUUUGGAUAACGAGGCAUCUGAUCCCAACUCGCAACCACUAUUUACUUCUACACCAAACUGCGCCGAGAGUGAUCGUGAUUCAAUUCACUCUCCUGCCGAUUAUCCAUCACCUGAUAGUGAUAAAAAUUCAAAUUCCCGAGCCAUCGUCCCAGUCCCGCCUGUGAAUGCAGAGGCAUUGGCCGUUGUUCCUUUGCGGAAGUCGAGGCGGUCGGAGCUCGCCCAGAGAAGGAUCAGGAGGCCGUUCUCCGUCUCUGAGGUGGAAGCGCUUGUCCAGGCCGUCGAGAAGCUCGGGACUGGAAGGUGGCGCGAUGUUAAGCUUCGGGCCUUUGACAAUGCAAAGCACCGAACCUACGUCGAUCUCAAGGACAAGUGGAAGACGUUGGUUCACACGGCUCGGAUCUCGCCUCAACGACGGCGAGGAGAGCCGGUUCCGCAAGAGCUCCUCGAUAGGGUUCUCGCGGCCCAGGCCUACUGGGCCCAGCAACAGGCCAAGCUCCAGUACAAGUCCGCAUCGGGCCCACCGCAACUAAUCGCCCAAUCGUUAGCCGAGGAGGACAUUUAAUUCUUGUAAAAAGUUCCCUCAGAAAAGAAGGUACAAUAGGAAUUGACCAAUUUGUGUAGUAUUAUUGUUUGUUCCCUCACCAAUUAUUAUCAAUUUUUUUUUUUUAAUUUCAAAAAGCCAGGGUGGUUCUUUCGCUCUCUCCUUGUGAAUUAAAUCAAAGGGAACGGGGAUUGCUUUGGCGCCUUGUACAUGAUUUAGCAGGAUGCUUAACUGUGUAAUAAAGGUUUGCUGUGAUUAACACCAUUCUUUGUUGCCACAGUAUCAUGUGGCGUUUAAAGUAGAAGGGGUCAAAAAAGAGUAAAGAGAAGAGAUUGGUAUCAAAUUCAAUUCGAUUCAUUCUUUUUGUGGAGUUUGUUACAUUGGGAUAAGGAAAAGUGAGGGGGAGGGUGGAUAUUAGUAUAUUACUUUGUUGUUGUACACUCUUUAAGAGAGAAUCUCGUGCUUAUCACAUUGUUUCUUUUAGUAUAUACUAUAUUUGUACCAAUUUUA